CAGUUGGUCGUCGCUCUGUGCGACAUACGGCUCCCCUAAUCUCGAUCUCGAUCUCAACUUGGCGGCGGCGGCGGCGAAACUCCGGCGCGACUAGAGCCGGAGAAGGGGCGAUUCCGUGGACAUGAGUGCAUACACAAUUGGUGGCAGGCUACCGGCCGAGGGAGUCGAAUCUCGAAUCACGGACCGAGGAGGGGAGGAAGGCCCUCUCCCUUGCCUAUCAGAGCGGGCUAAACGUCGUGGAAACGGAGAAGGCCGUAUCCCUCGCCAUCCGAGGCGGGCUCAAAGACGAAGUGGCCGUCUACGUCGCCGUCCGGAGCGGGCUCGACGCCGAUCAAGUGAGAAAGCUGGUCGACAACGCCGUCCAGCGCGGUGGACUGGAGGCCGAUGAGGCGGAGAAGAUCCUCCACCUCGCCGUCCGGAGCGGCCUCGACGCCGAGGAGACCCUCUCGGCUGCCAUCCGCAUGGGGUUGAAGACCGAGGAUGCGAUACACGCCUGCCUGCUCGAGCAGCUGCUCGCGUCCUUCGACAAGCGAAACAGGAACGACCCUGAGCUGGACCAGUGGAUACGCCCCCGCGACAGGAGCAGGAAGGCCCUCAAGCACCCCUUCUUCCUGUUCAAGAUGAAGGCGUCCGCCAAGAAACCGCGGGUAUCAUGGUGGAUGAAGAAGUACGACAUGUUCCCUCCGGAGCGGCCGGGGUACACAUGCGCCUUGAGGGUCGCGCGCCUGGUGAUCGCAUCGGACGGCGUGUUCCGCCUGGAGCAGGCGGGGGAGGGCGGGCAGCCGGGUGCUCUGUCCUACCUCACCGACACGAGUUACAGGGAGUUUUCACGUCCCAAAGAAGGCGUCUUCAAAGAGGGCCUCAGGGAAGUCGCCGUGAUCCAGAGGCUGCCCGGCGGCGAGGGGAUUUCCAUCAUGUCUCACGUGGUGGGGCUCGGUGUCAAGCUUGGUGACAUUCUCUUUGUGCUGCAUUGCUGGUCCGUGACCGUCGCCCUGAGCAUCACCGAGCGGGACUUCUAUGUCACUUCCAAGUUCAAGGAGGAAUCAUUAUACGCCAGCGCCGAUCUUGAUUUCGUAGACAUUACGGUCCCUGUUGAGAAUCUGAUCAAGAAGCUUUACCAGAUGUAUGAGCUGGAGGAGCGAGAUAAACAGAAAAUGCAGGAGAAUCAAGGUGAUCAGGAGGCAGAGGAGCUGAUGUGUCAGCUAGAGGUUCAGAAAAAGGAGAAACUGGAAGUCCGGCAGAGGAGAAGGGCUGAGAAAAAGAAAUAUCAUGACCUGCGUAAGGAGAUGAAGAGUAUGGUUCGACAGAUGAAGCAAGAAGCAAGCGUUGAAGGAAUACAGGGGCAACUUGAAGAAUUUGAAGACAUUUGCUUUUCCACCCCAAUGCUUUCUGAACCUGAUUCGGCGAAACCAUGUGAAGGCGAGCUAUGCCAAAGUGAGGAGAUGUGCAAGGAAUCUCUAGAGGAGGCUAUGAAGCUUAAUAGUACAGACCGUCCGGCUUAAUCUUGGUGGUCGCGGAGCCAUGGCAGGUAAGGGAACAAAGGAACCAUCGCCAACGUGACGAAUGACCAUGAAGGUACAAUCCUGUUUCUUUUGUUCCUGUAGUUAUGUUGUUGGAUUUAGCGCCCAAUUCUCAUAAAAGGAGUGCCUGUAUUGAACUCCAAACCCAGGAAAAAAGAGUAGAGGAUACAGGGUCGACCAAUUCAGGGAGCUCCCUCCCAAAGAAAAGUUAAGAUCAUACUUUGAAGAAACUUAGAUGAUUGAUUAAAAAGAGCUUUUUUUGGUCCAAAACAAAGAAUAGCCUAGCUAGCUACUGUCUAGAUUCAGAUCAUGCAAGUGACGCAUGGAAUUAGUAGAAC